AUGGCAGCAAUCAUGGCAACUAAAGUUCAAAAAAUUAUGAACUUGAUAUUCAAAUAUCUUCAGAAUGUAAGUAAUAAUAUCUUGUUACCACACAUUACUAUUGAAUUAUUUGAAUUUAAUCAAUUUUAUGAUUUAUUAGAAAACGAGAGUACAAAUCUGGGAUUUGAUGAAUUUAUGAAUCUUGUGCUUGAUAACGCGGAAGAAUUAAAUACAAAGAAAAAGACACGGAAGACAUUGGGUCGAAUUUUGCUAAAAGGUGAUAAUAUUACUUUAAUUCAAAGUAUUAGUGGAUAA